UAUAUGGGCGGGACUUAAGUGAACAAAAAAUGUGAGUCAAUACAUGGGAGUCAACUAAAAAGAUUUAUUCAAAAACAACCGAUCCGUUGGAUACAAUGUGGAGGCUGGACUAAUGCAGGCGAUUAUCACCGCGCUUCCAGUUGUUCCCCCGCCUACAAGUUCUCCGUCCGGACCGCUGAAAAUACUUUGGGGUCUGGACAACCCCUGCCCUCUUCCUUUUUGCUGAUGUAAUGUUAAGCCAGACUUUGUUUUAAAAUACAACAGUGCUGGAUCUAUUGGCGGAAUUUAAAGUAUCCUCUAGUUGUUCUCGUAUUUGUCGGUGGGAAUUGCAGCGUCUCUCUAAUUUCACUGGCUGUACUGCUAUAGGAGCCAUGGAUUUAUUUUUCAGAGGAACCAUAACAAGUUCACCUAUAAAAACCAAGAAAACACAGGAACAUCAGCUAUCCUACAGUUUUGACACAUCCUUCCUAACUGAUGCUUCUUUUGAGUGUUUCUCCACCAAUCCGGAAAAAGGCUUAGUGCAUGUGUGCCGUCGUAGUCCACGCUUACUUGCAAAUGGCUACUAUGUACUGACAGAAGACAGUGUUGUUACAGACGACCAGGGUAAUCUGACCCUCACUGCAACAGAGACCAACAUUUCCUACAAAGAAAAUCUUGCUCGAAUUUUUCGUCGGAGACGCAAAGCGAAAAGAUCUUUUGCCACCCUCUUGACUGACGUCAGCCAGUCCUUGCUCAGUGGAAGUAUUUUUGGUCGAGAUAAGUUCUCUACUGAACUAUCAUCAUGUUUGGAUGUUAGCAUUGAGAAUGAACAAGACACCUCUGUUUGUUUCAAAUAUGAUGGAAGAGAAAUUCUGCCUUUAAAAGACGAGGAAAGAUUUUCACCAGAGGUGGAGUCUCUCUCUCAAGAUUGUUCUGCUCCUGAUUUGCCUUCUACCUCACUGAAUAGUCUGACUGAUGUCCCAAUACAAUCUAAAUGUUACUGUUCAUGCACCAAGCCACCAUCAGAUGCUGUGUUUAGGAAAGUCAUCCUUGUCUUCCUCAUAACACUGUGUCUCUGUGCGAAUAUAUUCUCCAGGUAUGUGUGUGGGGGAAUUGCUGUGGCAAUGGCUUUCCUUUUCCUGAUAUCAUCAACAUGUGACUAUAAGUCUAGAACAGCAUACAGAAGAUCGACAAAAACUGAGGAUAUCACAUCAAGACAUGAAUGAUGAAACACAAAUGGACACUCGUAUAUACACAAUCACCUUAGUGAACUAUUGAAUCCAUAUCCUAAGUAACUCAAGUACAUGCAAAUGUGCAUAACGACACCCAAAUAUCUCGCUUUUUCUAAUGUCUGUAAUCAUUUGUUUUUGUGUUCUGCCUAAUAUUCAAAUGAUUUUAGGGUUGGGCUCUUAAACAAGCUCAUCACUGUUCAAUAACAUAUUUAUACAUCUAAUAACAGUUCCCACUGUACACACCAAAUAACAAUUUUAGUUUUAAUUAGUAAACCUUCAGUUCUAGAAGAGCAUCUAAAACUCAAAACUAUUUAAUGGAAUAUGGAAAAUAAAAUAUUAUGAUAUAAUGUGGAAAAGAAUAUUAUGAUAUUUAUAAUCUAUUUUAAUGAUUAUCUCAGUAUGGACAGUUAGUAGGGAGCACUCUCUCUGUUUAUAAUGCAGUGUUGUUUUACUAUGUGUUAAUAAUGAUGAUAUUAUUAUUAUUAUUAUUAUUAUUAUUAUUAUUAUUAAUAAUAAUAACAACAAUAAUAUAUGUGAUUAUUAGUGGCUCUGAGACAUAGCAAUAGUAAUAGUUAAUCUGCGCCUAAAAUGGCUUAUAAGAAAAGUGUCAUAAAUGUUUAAAUGAAUUGCAGUUUUCUUUAGCUCAGAAUGGUACUGUACUGAAAAUGUAGUACUGCUCAUUAGUAAUUAUAUUAUAAGAUUGAAAUAAAUAUUUAAAAUUGUCUAUAAGAAUUUUGGAAAGUGGCACAAAUGUUUUGUGCAAUGUUUUAAUUGGCCACCAUACAGUCCAGACAUAAACUCUAUUGGGAAUCUUUGAGAUGUGUUGGAGAAGACUUUAGACAGUGGUCUGACUCUCCUGUCGUCAAUACAAGAUCUUGGUAAAAAAAAUGUAUGUAGUUCUGGAUGAAAUAAAUGUGUGACAUAGCAUUAUCUUAUAUAAAAUGGUGCCACAGCAAAUGUGUGCUGUAAUGAAAGCAAAAGGCUUUCAAGAAAUAUCUGUGAGACCUUUGGCCAGGCACAAGUAAAUCUUUAGAUUAAUGACCAUACAUAAUUAUUUUUAGUCAAUAUUAAAGAGCAGUAAAAAAAAUCUAGAUUCUGUAGGCUAAAGUGGCAAAUAUUUAGUGUGACCUCCCCUCAGUCUUGAACAUUAGAAGGAACCUGGAUCUUGUAAGCCUAAAUGUAAUGGAACCCUAAUUAAUGUCAUUGUUAACACCUGUAUUUGUCUACUCUUUCUUGUUAAAAAGUUUUCUAUGUGUAAGACAUACUUGAACAGUACAUACACACGUAAGAGUUUUAUUCACUGGAAGCUGAUCAACCUUUAAUUACAUCAUUUCAUGAUUCCACAAAGUUUACCUAAUUUGACAGACAUAAAAUCAUAAUUUUGCAUAAGCAAGAAAAAAAAAAUCAGCAAACAAAAUGAAAUCAGCAAACAAACUUCAAACUCAAGAUGGUAUUCAAGCACCUAACAGGAAACUGAAGAAUCGGGAGGACAAAAAAUGUCAAGGACAAAAAAUGAAAAAAAAAAGCCAAUGAGACGUUUUUCUUAUAGUUCCUUAUAGUUAUAGUUUCUUUGAGAGACUGGAGGAAGUUCAGCAAGGACUGGCUCAGUAUCUGACAGUGUUGAUAGGUAUGCCAAGUUGACCCUUCUACAGUCCAAAGAAGCUUGAUCAGCAGUGGUCUUUGUGGAAGGGUAGCAGCCAAGAAACCACUUAGACAGAGUGACAAUUUCAAAAUUUACAUUUUUGAGUCCAAUUGUCAACAAUAUGUUAGAAAAAGAGUGAGAGAGAGAGAGAGAGAGAGAGAGAGAGAGAGAGAUGGAAGAAUAAAUGCUUGCAGCCGUCAAUGAAACAUGGUGGAGGUUCUGUCAAAAUUUGUUGCAGCAUUUCUUCUAUUGGUCUUGGCAACAUUGUCUGAAUUGAUGGGAUCAUGAAGGCUGAGAAUUACAGACUGGUUUUAACUCAUCAUUGGGAAUAGUUUUAUUUUUUACCAUGAUCCUGAGCACAUUAAUGCAGUAAAUUAUAUUUAGAGGGAAAAACAGCUAAAAAACAGUCAUGGACCCGGCCUCCACAGCAUCCAGAAAUAAAUAUUAGUUAUAUAAUAUUUAGUAUUGGAUCACUUGGACAGAGAAAUAAAUAAAAGAAAACCUAAAUCUGAAGAAGACCUCUGGAAAGUGCUGAAAGAAGACUGGUACCAGAAGUAUUGUUAAAACAUCUUGACAGUCUCCCCAAAAGAGCUCAAGAAAUUACUCGUGCAGAGGGAGGUCACGGUAAAUACUGCCUUGUUUUUUUUUUUGUGUACAAAGUUCCUGUAUUUUCUGUUUGUAUCUUGUAAGAGACCAGAAAAAAUGUGGAUGGUCAAUUAAAACUUUGCUACAACAACACAGCUGAUGUGGGAUAUAUAUAUAUAUUUCAUUAAUUAAAUUAAUUAAACAUUAACUUUAAUUAAGUGCCUUUCGUGUUGCAUAAUCCUGUACUUGAAAUCAUGCUGCUGUAAUUUCCAUAGGCUCAGUGCAUUGCUGUAAUUUUAAUGAGUCCCAAACCAGAGCAGUGCUAUUAGAGAUAUGUUUAUAGUUUGUCCUGCACUUUCCUUUACAGGGUAAAGUAAUACAGUCACUAGCUCUACAUGUACUGUCUGUUAUUGUUUAAUUUAAAUAACAAAACUAUAUAAAUGAGUCAUUGAUAAAUCUUUUUGACCCUGUUCAGAUUAGUUAAGACGUUGUGUUUAGGUAUGGCUCAGUACUUUGAAUGUGAUUGAGAUCAAAGAUAAGCUAUCUAUAUUCUGAUUAAUCAGAUGCUUCAUCUUUUUAAAGUAAGCACUUAGGCCACACAAAUAUUGUGAUGUUAUUAAACAACAUUUAUUUUGUGGCUCA